CCAACGUAACAUGAGGCUCAUGGCACUAUGGCCGCUUUGUAAUGCUUAUUUCGAUCGUACAUCAUGUGAAGGGGAACUGAAAUGACCAGCUUCGUGAUGUUGCUACCGUCAGCUUGUUUGGGCAGGAGGAACAAGCCGGGGUGGCAACGACAGCUCGUGAGAAGAGAUAAAAAGGCCUACCAAGCCAUCUCUCUGGGCUCACGAUACUUGAACGUCAGGAUUCGAGUGUCACUGAACCCAAGUCUCUGUUCUGAUUACUUUGAAUAUCAACCUCCAAGAUGCGCGCCUCCUUACUACUAUCCUCGCUCUACCUGGCGGCAGGGAUCCAAGCCCGUGCGGCGCCAAACCGAAGGCGCGCCGAGCCCGCACCGGUUUUUCGUACCCAAGCCGAUACCGCAAACCUGAUCGAUCAGAAAUACAUUGUCAAGAUGAAGAGGGGCGCGUCCGUUACCGCCGUGGAUGAUGCCCUUGCCUCCAUUAAUAGUCGCAGCCAGCAGACGUUCAAUACCUCACCCGCCUUUCAGGGGUUCACUGCCAAGCUUAACGACGAUGAGCUGGAGGCAUUGCGUGACCAUCCAGAUGUCGAUUUCAUCGAGCAGGAUGCCGAAGUCCAUCCUCUUGCCAACUUCACGACGCAGGCGGAUGCGAAAUGGGCACUUUCACGCGUCUCGUCCCGAGUCGUCAACACCACCGAUUAUACAUACGACGACUCAGGUGGCCAGGGCGUGUGCGUUUGGAUGUUUGAUACUGGCAUUUGGGUAGAUCACCCAGACUUUGAAGGCCGCGCCGUUUUCGGCCAGGAUUUCUCUCAUGAUGGUGGAAUUAACAACGACCUGAACGGCCACGGAACCUGGACGGCAGGCCUCGUCGGUAGUAAGACGUACGGGGUUGCCAAGAAGGCGAGCUUGAUCGCAGUCAAAGUUGUCGAUCUCGGGGGCCGCGGCAACAUUUCCGAUUUCGUCGAGGGCAUGGAAUACGUUCAAGGACAGAUCCAGUGGAGGCAGAGGGACUGUCCUAAGGGCUAUGUCAUCAACAUAUCGCUGGCAUAUCCCGUGUCCCCCAUCAUGGACGCCGCUGCAGCCGCGCUAGUCGAGGGGGGCGUCUUCCUCGCCGUGGCGGCUGGCAACAACGGCGCCGUCGUGAACAACUCUCCGGGUACCGUGCCCACGGUGUGCACCGUCGGAUCGACCAACUCGGAAGACGUGGUCUCUUGGUUUUCUAACUACGGCCCUCUCGUGGACAUAUUUGCGCCCGGCGAAAACGUUCUGGGCCCCACGAUCAGGAAGUCCAGCACAUGGCCCGAUGCCCCGGAGGAAGCUGGUGAUGGCACGUCAGCAUCGGCCCCGCUUGUCGCCGGAUUGGCGGCCUAUUUACUAUCCCUCGAGGGGAAGAGAGAUCCAGCGGCUCUAUGCGAUCGCAUUAAGGAGCUCGGUACCAAGAAUAUUCUCAAUAAGAUGCCAGGAAACGGUACGACAAAUAAUGUGAUAUUUAACGGGAACCCGGCUGCGGGUGGAAACUCCUCAUUCGCUUUCUCGGCAAAGGCGGGACAUGUACGAAGUUUCUAAGGAUGGUUCCAGGUUGGUAACCUCCAGAAUGUCCUAGGGCAACAGUAGGGGCUGUGGAUAAUGUUGUUGGUUAAGUGGUAUGGAAAGAAUGUAAAUAGGGGCUGGUUUUGAAUAUAACAUUUGUGACUACUAAUAUUCAUGUUAGGUACCUAAUUAAUGAUACAGUUAACAGUGUAACUACGAAAGAGUGAGGGC